AUGCCCAACUGCGUGUGGGCGAUCAACAGCGUGAGGGCGUACAGCUUCGUUAGGACGAUCAACAGUGUGUGGGUGAUCAGCAGCGCGAGGAUGAUCGACAACGAGAGGACGAUCAACAGCGAGUGGACGAUCAACAGCGAGAACGGUGCUCAACCGCGUGAGGAUGAUCAGCAGCGUGAGGACGGACAGCAACGCGUGGGCGAUCAGCAGCGAGAGGGCGCUCAACAGCGAGAGGAUGUCCUACUGCGUGUGGACGAUCAGCAGCGAGUGGGCGAUCAACAGCGACAGGCUCAUCAACCGCGUGAAGACGAAUAA